AUGGGACGUUAUCUUUAUUCUGUCACUCCUUGGGAAGUCUUCAGACCAGACAACGGCAGUACUGUGGGGCCCCUUUUUCUCCAAAGCUGUUUGAAACUUGGAGAAUUAGAUAUUGCCUUGGAUUUGCUCCGACGAUGCAAGGAGCUGCUUUUUGCUACUGACAUAAACGAGGACCCAAUAAUUCAGAAUAUUGCACGCUAUCUUCCUUUGUCUCUGAACAUAUGUCAACUUCCGUUCUGGAAGCGAUGGCUGUAUCACUCCAAAAUGGUGAAUUAUGAUGAUGAGGAUAAAGAUGGUGAAGAUGAAGUUAUUUUAACUGCCACUGACAUCAAAAUACCAUCAACCACAACCACUGGGCAUUUCUGCGUAGAUAUUCAGCAAGAAGGCGAGAGCAACCAAGCUGGUCAAGGAAUCAACAAAAUAUAUGAGAUGAAGGUGCAGCAUGCAAAAGCACAUGAAAUUCUAAACUUAGUUUGUGAGAAUCUGAGACAUUUGAAUGAAGUAAAGAAGAAAAUGUUUGAAAAAGCACUGAUAUCUGUAUCUGAAGAAGAGGGUGUUGAGUUUUUGUUGCGAGUAACGAAGGCAAACACAGAAUUAAUAAUGCUAGUCAUUUAUGGUGGGUCCCGCUUGCCCAUUUUCUUCCAUGCUGUUAAGUAUCGUAGAGCUGAGAUUUUCAACCUCCUCCGUGGUUUUCGAUUUAAGAAUUUGGUGGUGUCAAUGCGUGAGAGCGCGACCUCAAAUACCUUGCUGCAUGUGGCAGCCCUGUUGGCUCCUUCUUCCUACCUUGACAGCAUCUCUGGUGCUGCAUUGCAGAUGCAAAGAGAGAUGCAAUGGUUCGAGGCCGUCGAGAGUGUGGUGGAUCCUGGAUAUAAGCUAGCUAUAAACAAGGACAAGUUGACGCCUCUAGAGUAUUUCAAAAGAAACCACAAAGAGCUGAGGGCUGAUGGAGAAAAAUGGAUGAAAGAAACAGCGUCUUCUUGUUCAGUUGUUGGGGCUCUAAUUGUUACCAUCAUGUUUGCGGCAGCUAUAACAGUUCCUGGAGGGAACAAUCAGAAUUCAGGCUAUGAUGAUUGCUUUUUCAGCAACCAUAAUGAUCAUGUUGCAAUAUCACUCAUCACGUUUAUGGGUUAUUCUUCCUGUUCCCAUACUUGCUGCUGUUCCAGUAACCCUCUUUUGUAG